AUGCCAUACUACUUCACCCCGGAUCCCAAUCAGCUGGGAAAUAUUAUGCACUACAACAACAAUGCGAUGCAAUCAAGCAGUUAUCAGCAACCAUCGGAAGCCGAAGAUUACACGACCGAGGACGAAGAAGAAGUCGUCUACGAGCUGGACGAGCGCGCCAUGGCUUGUCUCCCAGAACGUCUCCGGGAGAUCAUGCGCGAAAUCCAUCGGGAGCGCCUAGAACGAGUGCAAAGAGAGAAUCCAGACUUCGAGUACCGCAGAGCAUCGAGUCGUCAAAAUGACCAUGCGGAGCGAUGGCUCGAGAACGUCGUCGUUCGGCUCAUGGAGAGUCAGUCGGCGCCGCGUCCAGUGUUUCACACCAUGGCAGACGCGCUUCCUAUACACGGAGCUUUGAGUAGCUAUCAACCCCAAGCUGCUGUCGAGCCACAACAUGCAUACAACAACAUGGUUCCCGACCAUGAACAGUUUUACCCGCGAGUGACGGUUACAGAACUGUCUCACAAUCGCGACAAUUCCGAGAAUGAUAUCCAAGUGGAACAUGAUUCCACCCCGGUUCAAGAGGAGCCCACCGAGAUCAGGGAGCCAACGGAGCCAAUGGAGGACAUGCAUCGGCCUCCUCCCGCGAACAGGACUCGACUUGGGGACAAGACCCCGAAGAAGAAGCCGACUGAUUCGAAGUGUCGCAGGAGGCGAUCGUCCAUGGUUCUAGAAAUGCGCAGUCGACUUCAAAAGAAGGUUGGGAAAGUGAGCAGGUUCUUCAAGAGUAUAGUUUGA